GACUGGUCAUUUUGUCCUGGUAACAUGUAAUUUAUCAAACCAUAAUGGAGGAACUCAACUCAUAUAUAAACAGUGGGCAGGAAGCACAACAAAAUCAUCACCUCAAAGCCACAGAAAACAGGAGGCGACUGUGCUGGAAAAGCAAAUAAAUAGCAAAGCAGCUUCUCAAAAAGCAAAGGGCUUUUUGCCUCAUAUUAUUAAGGAAAAAAUAGAACACAAAUAAAAUCUGAGCUCACAGUAAAGCUCAUUUCUGGAGCUAGGAAGCAAAUGAGCUGUGGCAAGAAGCAGAACAGCAGAAAACAGCAGAGAAUUAAUUACAAGUCAAGUGUCUCAGGUUGGAAUUAGAGUUAGAGGGGUCAGAGAGUCAGAGUAACAGAGUUUUCAGUGGGUAAUUUGGUGCCUUGACAUCCCUCAGCCCCGCUAUUAGAGAUGUGCCGGUGACUCAGGGAUGAAAAGUGCAUAUGUCUCUGCGAGACAGAACACACACUGAAGAAGGCAGAUCAGAGCUGAAGUCUGAUACACCUCUCCUACUGUCGACAGCGAGGCCAGGCUGGCUGUAAUAGGGAGGGCACAGAUCCUACCCAUCCCUUCGUCAGCCACUCGGGGAAGCGGUGGCACUGCCCAGCCCCUGGACCAGGAGUCAGCCCCCUCCUGCAGGAGGAGGGCAGCUCCUCCCGGCCCCGCUCAGCUCCGGCAUUCCCUCCCACCCGACGCCGGCGGAGGGAUGCUCUCGGAAUACGCGGAGUCAGCUGCUCUUUGAUGUCAGUACCUGCUCCGGGCUCGGCGGGGCGGGAGUGGGCGAGCGGAGCGCAGCGCAGCCGAGUCGCAGCCUCUGCUCGCCGGCUGCAGGAGGGCACCUGCCUGCCGCUCUCUGCCGGCCUCGUCGAGGUAAGGGGAGACCCCCCCACCCCACCCCAUCGCCGCUGCGGAUCCACCGGGGGAACUUGUCCAACUUUCUCCAUCCCUGCCACCGGGACUCAUUGCCAUGGCCCCCGCCAACUCCUCCCGCAACUUCUCGGCUCCGGAGGCUCGGAACGGCUCAGCAGCAGAGAAGCCAGCACCGUACACCAAUGUGAUCAUGCCUAGUCUCUUCAGCAUCAUCUGCUUCCUGGGCAUUGUGGGGAACCUCAUCGUCAUCUACACCAUUGUCAAGAAGAAGAAACUGAGAUGCAAACAGACCGUGCCAGAUAUUUUCAUCUUCAACCUCUCCAUUGUGGACCUCCUCUUCCUCUUGGGCAUGCCCUUCCUUAUCCACCAGCUCCUAGGCAACGGUUCAUGGUACUUUGGAGCUCCUCUAUGCACCAUCAUCACCGCUUUGGACACAAACAGCCAGAUCACCAGCACCAACAUCCUUACAGUGAUGACACUGGACCGCUACCUGGCGACUGUGUACCCCCUAAAAUCUACUUAUGUCCGCACCCCAUGUGUUGCGGCUCUGGUUAUCUGCUUGGUGUGGCUCCUCUCCUUCCUGACCAUCAUUCCUGUGUGGAUGUAUGCAGGUCUUAUGCCUCUGGAGGAUGGGACUGUCCGCUGUGCUCUCUUGCUUCCCAAUCCAGAGACUGAUAUCUACUGGUUCACCCUCUACCAAUUCAUGCUGGCAUUUGCUGUGCCAUUGAUUGUGAUCUGUGUGGUCUAUUUUAAGAUCCUCCAGCACAUGGCAACCACCGUGGUCCCAUUGCCCCAACGGAGCCUCCAGGUUCGUACAAAAAAGGUCACCCGCAUGGCAGUUGCCAUCUGCUCAGCCUUUUUUAUCUGUUGGGCUCCCUUCUACAUCCUCCAGCUGGUUCACCUCGGCAUCGACACACCGUCCAUGGCCUUCUUUUACGCCUACAACUUUGCCAUUAGCUUGGGCUAUGCCAACAGUUGCCUCAACCCCUUCCUCUACAUUGCCCUCAGUGAGACCUUCAAGCGCCAGUUCUUAGUGGCCAUCCGCCCCGCCAAAGAGCCAUGUCGCAACAGCAGCUCCAUCAACAACAACAGCGUGACAGAGGCCAGUGUGUGUCUGAAGCUGGCACCGGAAUCCACUCAGCAGACCCAGUUUCUGGAGGACUUCUCCCCACGUUCAGUAGCUCUGCCUGUGACUGUGGCUGUUCACUAGGGCACUCUGAAGCGACCUAUGAGUUGAUGGAGAAGCAGCAGCUUCAAGCAAUUCUUGGUGAAGCAUAUGAACUGCAAGCUUCCACCUCUGAGAGUCCAGGUGCCUCUCUUUGUCAUUCCAGGGCUCUGCUCCUACGCUGCCCUUGGCCUGUGAGAUGCUGCAUACUGCUGCGUCUUUCCCCUCGUGCAUGGGAGGGCUCUGUCACACGAGACACUGAGCCCCCAAAGAGGAUGAAUAGAAAUGAGAGAAAGGAUUUCAAGGGGGAACAUUCACCCUGGAAGAAUAAAACCUUCAUCAACACCACUGCCUGAUGAUUCCUCACCUCUGGGCCUGAUUGGGGUUCCUAAGCAGCAUGUCGAUAGAGAGCUUCUUCAUUCAAAACUUAAACCUUUGAAACAGAGUGUCAUAUAUUUACUUUUGAUAAGCAAUCUGACCUGCAAGCUUUGCUGACUGGGCUCAUGUCCUAGAAGCCAAGAAUAGAGAGAGAUCUUGGGGCCACAAGUCUCACCUAGGUCUGUCACUUGGCCUUUUGUUCCAUCUGCCUCUUGUGGACUCUACUGUUUGGCAACCAGGACAUCUUCAAGAACUGGCUAAUUUUGAUGCUAAUCCUACGUAUUUCAGGAAAAAAAAUGGCAGUUCCAAUUGCAGUGCUUCAAAGGACUGCGAACAAUAACCAGAACUACUGCUGCUAACACCAGCUUUGUGGCUUUUCAUGGCAACGAGCAGGUUCUCACACCACUCACUCCUCAUACUGCUCUUGUGCCUCGAAGCCUGCAUGGCCAUCGGGGAACCCCAUGCAGAGGGUUUGGAACGGGACUGAAAAGCACAGUGUGCAGAGAUCUGCGGGGUGAGGAGCUGUGAACAGGCAGCUCAGAGGAAGCAGAGUUGCUUAUGCCACUUUCUCAAUGCUUUACAAAGUGAAAAGAGGGAAAAUUAAAUGUCUGUGUUUUGUAUGUGCAGCUUUAACAGUCGGAGGUUAGGAAAUAGCUGAAAUCAUUACAAAAGACUAGAGAAAAGACAGCACAGAUGAGCUUAACACAGGGGAUUACACUGACAGCCUGUGCAGGGCUCCGAGGGGACCGUGCAGGCAUUGUUCAGCAGUGUCAAAUGUGGAGGAACUGAUUACUGUAGAUGAAUUU